GAUGAGAAAAAACGUUGCCCUAACCCCCCGUCACCCCGCAUACACAGAUGACUUUGGUCCCUUUGCAUCCAGCGGUUCCUUUCAAUUUUUGCAUGAAGGUCCUCGCAAGAGGAAAGGGUUUUGAGGGCGGUUGCCUUCGGGUGGCUUGGCGGUAGAUCUCAGAUCCCAUCUGAUGUGCAUUCCAUGCACUAAGGUUGAUUGGAAAAGACGUGGAUAUUUCUUGUCCUGGCUUGCAGAUAGCGAAGAUGUGCCUCCUGUGGUUUGCAGUCCCCAUAACCCCAGUCAACUAUAUUAGUUCGAAUAAACGCCUUCUCACCAAAUUUAGUCGCUAUACUAACGCUUUGCGAGCAAUUCUUUCCUCGUGCUGUCAAGGACGAAAAAGGGCGUUUAUUCUCGUGUCUGCAAGUCAGGUAAGAAGUACUCCACCAAAAAUGACUUUUAGCAGCGCCACCUCGAAUUUUGCUCCUCAAAGUCUCCCGAGUGAUAAUUUGUCUUCAAGAAAUUUCCACAGAAGAAGGAUCAAAUCUUCCUGCAGGUUUCUAAUCAAAAGAAUCAAGUCUUGCGUUUAUUCGAACAAAUAUGAGCCUGACGCGGAGGACUUCCCGAUGUCCACCAGGACCUCCUCCGUGGGCUCCCGGACUGAGAGCAUGAAACCGUCAUUUACCAAGAAAAUCAAGUUCCAGUCCAUUUUGGAGGGAGAACCGGUCGUGUUCGAGUGUCAACUUCUGGCUUGCCCGCCGCCGGUUUUUCUCUGGUUUCAUAACAAUAGGUCUAUACCCAAAAUGCGCAGGCGUAGGAUCUGCACUGAGGGCACAAUGCACAUACACACAAGUAGCUUGCUCAUUGAUAGCGUCAGGGAAAAGGAUUCUGGGAGCUACAAGGUCAUGGCAAUCAACUCAGAAGGUUCUGCUGAGUCCACAGCCUCUCUUUUGGUCUCGCUGAGGGGGGAGCAGUCGGCCAACUACCUAGGCUAUGUUCGCCGCCCCGCGGAAGUCCACAAAAGCGCAGCCUGGAUGUCUGAGCAGAGGAAAGGCAGGAAGAUUAGGGUGGACCUUCGAUACGUCGGAUCUCCAUUUGACAAGAUAUCCAAGGUGAACCGGCAGCGGACUCGGUCCAAGACAGGUCUGGUGCGUACCGUCUUCUUUCACUCCAAUUCUUAUUGGCGUGAGAAAGAGUCUGGCAGGGAGUCCAAGUGUCUGGAGACGGCCUCGGAGCGCGCCCCGUCCCCCCAGCCCAUGUUCGUUCGCUCCGAUGGCUUUGACGAUAGAUGGAGCGACAUCUACUGUGACCGGCGCACCGGAACGCGAUUCAGUGAGAAGUUUAGCGACCGUUGCAGCGACGGUUACAGCGAAAGGUUUAGUGACACCGAGAGUCUUCACAAUGAAGUGAAAAGUAAACUCAGUGCUCUCCAAAAAGCUGUCAGGCAAAGAAAGAGGCUUUCUAUCUCCACCGUGUCGUCCACUGAAUUUGACUGUGAGUCGGUAGCCAGUGAUUGGAGCUAUGCCGAUAAUGCGGAGAGACUCAGGGUGAAGCCGAGCGUUCAGCAUUCUAAGAGCGCCUUUGACUUUGGCCAAGUUCCGAGGGAGUGUCGAGGCCCGGAGGUGAGCGCGGAGACCUCUCGGCCUCAUGUGAGACAUUCAUUUGAGCCUCAGUCUCGAAGCAGAGCUGUUCAGAUCAUGAGAGGUGAGCCGGUUGAUGUGGCGGUGCCAAAAUGUCAGACAAAAGAGUGUGCUGAUGAAGUUCAGCUGAAACAAUCUGACGAGGUUAAGGAAGAGAUGCGGGAGCUUCACAUCAGGGGCGGCGACGACCAAGUCACAGAGGAGUUGGAACCGUAUCCUCCUGAACCCACAUACCUCCCUAAAAGCCCAAAGCACCCUGAAUUCCCACACAAGCCCAGACCCACAAGCCACCACGAACCCCCACACCAGUCUCAAUCCAAAUAUUACGAGAAACACGCAUGUGGCUCUGAGACGACAGACCAUCAUGAGCCCCCGCAAAGCCCACAAUUCCCUCACCCCCAUAACUCUCAGCCAUUAGCAAGUGAGGACGCGUGGACAUACACAGAGCAUGCUAAAGAGGACUUUUGGCUGCGAGAAUCUCAGAAGUUCGAUUUGGUCAAGUCUGUUAUGUACCAUGUCUCGCCUGAAGAAUGGGAACACACUCCAACAACAGUAAGUAAUGACGCGUCCCUCAAAGUCCCGUGUCAGAGUCUGGAUGAUCAUUUCCUUGACCACGGUGGGACAAGUCUAUCACUUCACCUUAGAAAAGGCAGUAGGGUGGCAGAAGACGAAAGAUCUGAAUCUGAAACUGGUUUACCAAAGCCUAGUGAGACACCAUACGCAGAGCCCAAAGAGCAGGAAGUAAGCAAAAUAACUCUUUUGGAGCCCAAAGCCAUGUCCCGUUGCCACCAAUCUCCCGAAAUAAAGGCGCAGGAAACCCAUCUUGAAGUUGCAGCAGUACCAGAAUUGGAAGUCAGAGCAGAAGAAAUGGAAAAGCACGACUUGUUCACGUGGCCACAGACUAUUCCUCAAGUCAAAGUACAAACUGAGGCACACCUUCAAACUAGAGAAAGAGGAGCGGCAGCAGAAAUAGUUGAGGCGGCCUCGGACAGACACGCUGGAGAGUCACAAUACCAAAAAACACUGAAAGCUGAGCACAUUGAGUCGGAGGAAAGACUCCUGGCCCUACGCAUUGGCAACUGGCAGACAGUCGAGCAAAUCUCACUCAAGGAAGCUUCUCAGCCCGAAAGGAGCCAGCCAAAGCCAAAGGAAAGGUACACAACGGCACAAACGCACACCGACACCCGGAGAUGUGCAAGAGUGGACACUCUUGGAGCAACCGAAGCCAUUUCAAAUGUUUACAAAUCGACAGGGGGGAAGGCCAAAGAAUCUGGUCCUAAAACUGCAGCACGUUCAAUAGACCUCAGAGCAGAAGAUAUAAAAGACGCCCAACUGUUCAUGCAGCCGCAAGUGUUGCCACACCUCAACACCAAAGACGGAGAAAAAGCACAAAAAAGAAUCAAGCCGGCCGAGAGCAAAGGGUAUGAAGAAUCCUUGAGGCAACGGUACGUGAGGAGCCUAGAAGCAGAGCGUAUGGAUUGUGAGGAAAAACUCCUGGCCCUGAGAAUCAGGAAGUGGCAGCAAGGUAUGGAAACAUCUCAACUGGGAGCUGGCCUGACAACGCCAAAAGGAGCACCGCGUAUGGAUUCGGAAGAUGAAACUCUCCAAUCUGGUACCGGCAUGCCCGACGAGACACCUUAUAUGGAGCCCCAAGAACCUAUUUGCACUCAGCUGGGGGCAAGUCAAUCGAAACCUGGGACCAAAGCCAUGUCCUGCUUCAACAAUUCGACCAGGAUGAAGGCCAGGAAAAGCGACACUGAACCUGGAACAGUUGCGAUAGACCAAUUACCUGAAGUCAUGGCAAGGGAAACAAAAGACGACGACAUCCUAUUUACGCAGGAACAGAUGUCACCUCCAGUCCAAGCACACACCAACGUGCACCAAACAACUAAAGUUAGAGGCGAGGCACCAAAAAGAAUGGAGUCAUCUGGAGGUAAAUGGUCUGGCGAGUCUUUGAGGGAGCAGCAGUCUGAGAAAAGCCCGGAAGCUGAACACUUGGAGUGUGAGGAAAAACUCCUGGCCUUACGAAUCAGGAAGUGGCACCAAGAUACGCAGAUGACACGGGAGGAAACAUCUCAACCGGAAGGUGGCUUGCUCUUGCUCAUGCCAGAAGGAACACCAUGCGUAAUCCCAGAGGAGCAUAUUCCCAGCCUGCAUGGAGAGAGAGAAGUAACUCGUGAAGGGCCCAAAGUCAUGCCCUCAUGUUUACACAAAGACCCCGUACGGAAGGCUCAGGAAACUGACCUUGAAACCGCAACUCUCCCGAGCAAUAAAGUCCCCGCAAUACAAGUCAAGGCAGAAGAAAUAGAAGACAAGGACCUACUUGUGCGCCCAAUAGGGACACGUCCUAAUAGUAAAGGUAGAGAAGUGGCAGAAAAAACAGUCGAGGCAACCAAAGACAAAUGGUCUGGAGAGUCUUUGAAAGAGCACCAUGACCAAAGUUUGAACGAUGAGCAUAUUGAAUGUAAGGAGAAACAACCAAUAAAUAAGUGGCUGGAAAAUUGGCAAAUAACACCGGCGGAAGCAUAUUGUCGUGAAACUGACCUGCUCGUGCCGGAAACCACAGCAAUGUGCAUGGACCCAGAGGAGCAUAUUUCUUCCAUCCGGCAUAAAGAGUGUGGCCUUGCUCAUGACAGAGACAUGGACCCACGCAAAAUGAAGGCCAUGGAAACCAAUCGCGAAGCUUCAAAAGUUGCAACGUAUGAAUUCCUUGACUUAGAAGGUAACACAGAGAAAAUGGAUGAGGGCCUGCUUGUGCCACCUCAGACUUCAACCCGAGUCAAAGUAGUAUCUGAGACAAGUCCUAAAUCUGAAGGUAGACCAGACGCACCAAAAAGAGUUGAGCCAGCCUGGAUCAAAAGGUCUGCUGCGUCCUUAAGGGAACAGCACGAGAAGAGCUUGGAAGCUGAUCGCAUCGAGUGUGAGGAGGAACUGCCACCCCCUGUCACGAAGGUGAAGCAAGGUCUGGAGAUGACACAGGGGGAAACAUGUCCAACAGAACCUGACCUGCUCAUGCCGAAAGGAACACCAUACGUGGAUCCAGAAGAGUAUGUUUGCAGCCAGCAAGACUUGAGAGAGAUCAUUAGGGAAGAGCUUGAAGCCACGGCCCCGUGUUUCAGAAAGACUACCGCAGUUUUAACAGAUGACAUACCUCGAGUCAGAACAGAGCAAAUAGAAGACAAGGGACCGUCCUUUGUGCCGCAAAUGCCACCUCUAUCAAAAGUGCAAACGGAGGCACGGUCUAAAACUAAAGUGGCUGCGAAAACGGUCGAGCCUGCUGUCGGCAAGUUUUCUGGAGAGUGCUUGAGUGGACAGAAUGAAAAGAGCCUGGAAGUUGAAGAGAGAGAGUGUGAGACAAAAUACCCAGCCCCACAAAUCAGGACGUGGCAGCAAGGCAGGACAGACGAGGAGCCGUCUCAACCUGCAACUGGACAGUCGAAGCCAGAAGGAAAACCCGACGUGGAAGGCGGGGGACCGGUUCAAAAUGUGACUAAGAGGGAGCCGUAUCGAGCGAACCAAAAUCAACCCGUGACCAUGAUAACCCAAAAGUCCGCUGGAGCGGGAACCCGAAUGGAGCAGCAUCCAACGUCUCCUCCUGCACUGAAAGGGAAAAGGCAGGCAAGGGGACUGGAAACACAACCUGCACAAAUGAAAUUGCCACCCAAGAACAAAGGAGGAGAUGAAAAGCUUUUGUUUGAGAAAACAAGUGAGGAGCGAGAACUGCAGCUGUCAAUGGAGAAUGUCUCCGAGCUGAAGAAGUGUGAUCAGUUUGUAAGUGAAGAGCAGGCCCUGGCUCAGCGCAUCAUGCAAUGGCAGAAAGAUGUUCUGAUGGAACACCGAGAGGCCGAUAAGCCAGAUGCUGAAUGGACACAUGCGUAUCCCCCUAUUGCGGUAGAGAGGAACACUGAGGGAGAAAGAAGAGUGACUGAAACGAUUGCUCCGGAACCUCCUCUGCCAAAUGAGAUGAUCUCCUGUGUAAGAACAAAGUACUUUAGGAGUCGUUUGGACCCAAAUGAGCAGGAUGAGAGCGGGCCGUGGUUACACGGCCUGCUGCCCGAUAAGGGCCGUGAGGUCAGACUGCGGAGGGACGCUGACUUAGUCAGUGAGGAAGCGGCUCAGGAUCAGCAUCUCCCUCGAUGGCCAACAGAUGUGGUCCAACUAGAAGAAGGAGCUGACCUGGAGUCUGACUGGGCUUUUGCUUUACCAGCUGAACCCUUCCCUAAUGACCCCCUCCUUCCACAAGCGGAGACUGCAAGGAGACCCUCGUCGAUUUUGGAAGAAAAGUCCCAAGAGGAGCACGUGAGCGUGCAUAAAGACCAAGCGCAAGGGACCCAUUCACUUCCUUACCGUGCCAAUUAUAAGGCAUCCCCACCUCAAUAUUCACAGGUGGAAUCCAUGGCUGUGAAAAAAGAAGAUGCAGGUGAUGCUUUGCCCUUUCGGCGGAAUUUACCCUCACAACCUAGCACUGUCUCUCCAGCCAGCUAUGGACUCAGCCCGCUAUUGCAGGGUCCUCAUGAGGAGUCUGUCGUCAGUAGACAUUCCCAAUCACACUGUCCUCGGAGAAGUGAGUCGGAACAGAGGCUGACCAACGAGGAGGAUAGUUCAUCAGCAUCAUCCAGCAGCAAGCCUAUCGGGGAGGCAGCAAAGGAGGAGAUUAGCUUGUGCACAUCUGCAGACGACAGCAAGAAGAAACCACACGCAGAUCUGCUGGUGGCGGAAAGAGAGGUCAGCAAGGAGCUCUCAAAAGUCAAAGACCCAUCAACCCAUCAGGACAUGUCUGAACAUGGAAGUGUAGCAAAAAUGGGGAGGAGAAGCCAAGACCAGGACAUUCCUCCGGGUGCUAAGCCAACGCGAUCAUCCACAUUGCCUCGGGAAUCAAGUGCUGACAGUUUCUGUCCAAUAUUUCUAGAAGAAAUUUCCUCACUUAAAGUUAGAGCUGGAGAGAUGUCAGAGCUGAGCUGCCAGUUUCGAGGCGACCCUCCCCCUCAAGUCACAUGGCUCAAGGACGGACACGCAUUGGCCCACAACCCCGACUACGACAUCACGGUCAAGUCCGACAAGUCGACGCUGACAAUUUUCUAUCCGACCGCAGACCACGAAGGGACGUACGACUGUGUCAUAAGUAAUAAGCACGGAAAGUCCAUCAGCAGCGCCAGUUUGACGCUCUUCGAAAAAAAGAUUGUCUCACGGGAAAAGUUCGAGAGGGGAGAGAAACCUCAUGACAGCCAGGGACAAGCUUGCAUUGAAACAUUAAAAAUUCCUCAAGCAGUCAGCCAGCAAUACCUCAAUGAUGCAAAUGUGUCUCAAUCACCGACUGUGGAAAUCAGAGUUGACGCGCCCACUCCAGACCCUGCGACCACGGAGGUGUGCAAUGAAGAGCAGCAACCCCAGGAGUGCUCUGUGUUGUCUUCAACUGAGCCAAUCAGUCAGCAAAAAAGUACUUUUGCCUUUGGUGCCACUGCCGAAGGUCCUAGUGUGGUCAAAGCGUUGGAGAGCCUCAGCUGCACAGAGGAUCAGACGGCCAUGUUGGAAUGCGUUCUCUUGGCGGAACCUUCCCUUGAGGUCACAUGGUUUUGCAGCGACGUUCCUCUUGAAACAACGACGGAUAAAUACAGGGCAGAAGUUGACCGUCAAGUACACAAGGUCGAUGUUAGAUCUUUUACAGGGACCGAUGGCGGCACAUGCAAAUGUGUCGCAAAAAAUAAGAUGGGAGAGGUCUCGUGCACCUGUGAUGUGUUCUGUCAAGACGUUGUUGCAGACGUUGUUGACGACGUGGAAGACGUUGGCACGCAGACAAAGUCAAAAGAACCUCCACCUCAGGUGCCAUCAAAAUCCAGGGCGGAUGGACACGGGGUGCCUCCAAUUAUAUCUGGAUGUGGGCUGCAGCAGUCAUCCGCUGUGAUCAACGUGUCUCAGAUUAAACGAGCCUUUGAGUCAGACUCAUCUCCUACUUCAUUUCAGAAGCAACGAGAGGAACCACCUUACUCUGUGGAGUGCGUACUUGCACAGACCAGCCCUUGUGUUGAGUUACAGCGGCACCCGGUCCAACCUGAAUGUGGGAGUGUCCGCACUGAUCCCUACGUGGUUGCCAACUUGCCACGUUUCACCCAAGGUCUUCCUGCAGCAAGGAGCCCAGAGCUCGCCACCUCAACGGAAAAAGUCUCUGAAAUCAUCGCGGUGGACACAAACAUUGAGGAGUUAGCCGUCAGACAAUGUGGAGAGGGAGUACGGGAGGCGUCUGAGCUCAACCAGGCAACACCCCAAAAACCAGCGGGCGUCCCUGAACCCCUGAUGGCAGGGCAAGUAGAGGUGGCGGGAGAGGAGAAAAUGUUGCAGAUGUUCGACAAAACGAGUAGCUUCAUCCCAUUCCUAUCAGAGAAGGUUCCCACUGUAAGACAUUCAGUCCAGACUGUCGGUCCAACCGGCCAAGCAGAGAAACCGCCGAGUUUAUCUGAACCGCUAAAGUCUGAAAAGCUCGGGGAAGCUGUGAAGUCUGAAGGUGCUCCAGAGGUGCAGGGAUAUGUUGUCGAGGAGAAGUCCGCUGAUGUUGUUAGAGAAUGGAAACAAGAACUUAAGGAAGGCAGUGAUGUGGAGAGCAUUUAUAUCCCUGAGCCGUCGUUGGAUAGCGGUGUUUUUAUCAGUGGGCCACCUUCUCAGCUCAGUGUGCAGUCUGUAGUUGACUUAACUGCCGGUGAUGUAGUUGGAACUGAGAGAGGUAAUGAUGAAAAUCUGGAAUCAUUAGUUGUCCGACCAAAUGUCGAGGGUCCCAAACGUGUCUCUUCCGAGAGCCCUGACUCUCGAAUAUCCGGAGGUGGACAAGCAAUGGGAGCUGCAGUGGGUGUAAUGGAGGAAGAGGAGGUGACUUUUGGUGCAGUGUAUGAAUAUUACAAUCCUCCGACAGACUGGGCACGGCCACUCUCCCCCGAGUCUGAGAUGUCGAUAGAGAUUGGCAGCACAGUCGGUGAGGAGGUCGCUGAUGGCUUCUACACAUCGAGUUCAUCUACAGAGAUCUCUCAUUCAACUUUCCAUACCCCCAAGUCUCCAAGUUCCUUCCAUGCUUUGAAUUCUCCCAGUUCUUUCCAUACCUCUUAUUCUCCCAGUUCCUUCUAUACCCCUAGUUCUGGUACACCUCAAGCGUUUCCAUCUUCCCCCACACAAAAGAGCCCUUUGUCAGACUCUAGUGACAGGUUUUUCUCACCUGUCCAGUUCCUCGCGUCUCCUGUCGAUGAGGGCAAUGAAAGUGUACCCGCUGAGGUAAAUGUAGAUGAGCAGUGGUUGCGUUCCAAGAGCAGCGCCUCCGAUCAGGAGAGGGUGCACGGAGUCCCGCCUGCCUUCCUCAAACCUCUGACGAAGAAAAAAGUAUUUGAAAACGACUCUCUGAUCUUUCUCGCUGAGGUCUUUGGCCUCCCAUUACCAGAGGUGAAUUGGUUCCGAAACAAAACCCGGCUGACGGCUGACAAGCGGAUCGUUAUGGAACGAGAUGGAGACGGCGUCUCUCUCACGAUUCACUGUGUCACUAAAGCUGACCAGGGAGAAUACAUCUGCCAGGCGAUCAAUGAUGUCGGUGAGGCCCGAAGCGUCGCUUUAGUGCUUGUGGUGUCGCAGGAAGGAAGGGUCUCGCGUGCCCCGCCCGCUGUUACCCAUCAGCACGUGAUGGAGUUCGAUGUGGAAAAGGAUGACUCGUCUCGUUCACCUUCUCCCCAGGAGAUCCUGUUAGAAGUCGAACUGGAUGAGAACCAGGUCAAGGAAUUUGAGAAACAGGUGAAGAUCAUCACCAUUCCCGAGUACACAGCUGACAGCAAGAGCAUGGUUAUAUCCCUGGAUGUUAUUCCGAGUAUUUAUGAGGAGGGCACUGUGGACUUUGUUACCCAGGAAAACGAGAAUCUGAAAAUAGCCUUUGAGGUGACCGAGAUGCCGCCGAGGUUUAUCGAUCCCAUCUGCGAUGUCGAAACCUCACAGAGUUCCACUGCCGUGUUUGAGUGCUCGCUGAUGGGAAUCCCGUCCCCCGUCGUGUCCUGGUUCAAAGGGGACAUUAAAAUUCCUCAAAACAACAGACGGUACCUGCACUCAUCUGACGGAGAGCAUCAUUUCCUGAAGAUCUGUAAAGUGACAGCGCAGGACAGCGGCGUGUACACCUGCGGUGCCGUUAAUGUCGUCGGCGAAACGCUGUGCAGAGCCUCGCUGGUGGUGCUCGAUGCAAAGGAAUUCUCCGGACAGACCAGAGGCAGGGAGCUGACGUCCGUGUCUCUCGGCGGCGCCAAAGUCCAGCCGCAGAAAUUUGACAUGCUGGUGGGAAACAUGGCGGUGGACGAGCAACAAGCAUCAGAGAUUGAGCUCGAGUUUGAGUUUCAGCAGGAGGCCGAUGAAUCUCAGCGCGCCGUCCGCCUGGUGGCCACUACGGACGGGGGGUUGAGUGAAGACCGGCACAUGAGCAUCAACUUUGAUGUGUUUGCCGAGUCGGCCAAAGAGGAUAAGGUGGAGUUCAAGGGAAAGUCGUCCGACAUGUGUAGCUUUGAGUUUCAAGUGACGGACAUGGCCCCGAGGUGUGUCAUUCCCUUGACGGACGUGACCGCCGCCGUCGGUGCGCCGGUCAUCCUGCAAUGUCUGGUCAGCGGCAAGCCAACGCCCACGGCCGAGUGGUACAAAGAUGGCGAGCGCGUCGCUCACGGCAGGUACAUCGUUCAGGAAAAAAAAACAGGCCACUUUAACCUUCUCAUCACCAACGCCAGCCAGGGCGACGCGGGCGAGUACCGAUGCCUGAUCCAGAACGCAGCCGGAUGGAUCGAAACCUCGGCGUUGCUAAAGGUCUUUUAGAGAAAUGUGUCCGUGCUUGGUUAUAGUGGCUGAAUGGAGGCAUCUGGACUCGUGGUUGUUGAGGUUUUAUUGUGGAACCAAACGCGGUUCUUCCUCAGUUUGGAAAGGGCCUUUGUAGUUUGACAUAGAUGGCUUCUCUCAAACCAGUGGUCCUAGCAAGUCCCACAAGUCAGGAGUUCCUCAAGUCUCUGACUUAAGAAAGACCACUUUUUUAGUUUUCGCUUUGGGCUGGUGAUGUAAGCUAGUUCAGCAAACUCACGCAAGCACAUGCCUCUCGUAGCCGUUUGGAGGCGUCCAUAAAAGCUGCUUGGGUGUUGGUGACAAUCUGCAUUGAAAAUAUGAAAGUGGAUCGGAAGUAUUUUGUGGGUGGAGAGUUUGUGGUCAGUCAAGGAAAUUAUAGUCAUGUGCGCAAACGCGGCAAGUUUGGCCCAUUUUAUGAGCAUGGUUAUAAAACAGAUGAAGAAAAGAAUUGAUACCCCCUCCUAUCGUUUGACCCGUAGAUGUGUGUAUUCGAUGCUUGUGUUAUUUGAGUCACGUUUGUUGUUUUUUGCCGCUUCGCAACAAGCGUUUGAUUGUGAACCUUUGAAAGUGUCACAGCAUGCUUAUGGAUGUGUAAAUGUGCCCUCUUCUUUUAGGUUUGGAGAGCGCAUCAGAGAUAUUUCAUUUUUACAAACGUGUCCUUUGUCUCAGAGUUUAUACAAUAAACUUCAAAAGUUGAACUCCAA